CGAUGAAUGACAUUGGGGACUACGUCGGCUCCAACCUGGAGAUAUCCUGGCUCCCCAACCUGGACGGCCUGAUGGAGGGCUAUGCCCGAAACUUCCGUCCAGGCAUUGGAGGCCCCCCUGUGAACGUGGCACUUGCUAUUGAGGUGGCCAGCAUCGACCACAUAUCCGAGGUGAACAUGGAGUACACCAUGACCGUGUUCCUGCACCAAAGCUGGCGGGACAGCAGGCUCUCCUACAACCACACCAACGAGACCCUGGGCCUGGACAGCCGCUUUGUGGACAAGCUCUGGCUCCCGGACACCUUCAUCGUGAAUGCCAAGUCCGCCUGGUUCCACGACGUGACCGUGGAGAACAAACUCAUCCGGCUGCAGCCCGACGGGGUGAUCCUGUACAGCAUCCGAAUCACCUCCACUGUGUCGUGUGACAUGGACCUGGCCAAGUACCCCAUGGACGAGCAGGAGUGCACGCUGCACCUGGAGAGCUAUGGCUACUCGUCCGAGGACAUCGUCUACUACUGGUCUGAGAACCAGGAGCAGAUCCACGGGCUGGACAAGCUGCAGCUGGCCCAGUUCACCAUCACCAGCUACCGCUUUACCACGGAGCUCAUGAACUUCAAGUCGGCCGGCCAAUUCCCUCGGCUCAGCCUGUACUUCCACCUUCGGAGAAACCGCGGUGUGUAUAUCAUGCAGUCCUACAUGCCCUCCAUUCUCCUGGUCGCCAUGUCCUGGGUCUCCUUCUGGAUCAGCCAAGCCGCUGUGCCCGCCAGGGUGUCUCUAGGCAUCACCACGGUGCUGACCAUGACCACCCUGAUGGUCAGCGCCCGCUCCUCCCUCCCGCGGGCGUCGGCCAUCAAGGCCCUGGACGUGUACUUCUGGAUCUGCUACGUGUUCGUGUUCGCGGCCCUGGUGGAAUAUGCCUUCGCUCACUUCAAUGCCGACUACCGGAAGAAGCGAAAGGCCAAGGUCAAGGUCAAGGUCACACGGCAGAGGGCAGAGAUGGACGUGAAGAACGCCAUUGUACUGUUCUCCCUCUCGGCCGCCGGCAUCUCCCAGGAGCUGGCUGUGUCCCGCCGGCCGAGCCGCAUGCCCGGGAACCUCAUGGGCUCCUACAGGUCGGUGGAGGUGGAGACGGGGGAGUCCGAGAAACAGGGAGGCCUCCGUGCCCUUUUCAAGCCCAUCGACGCAGACACCAUCGACAUCUACGCCCGCGCAGUGUUCCCCGCAGCCUUCGCCGCUGUCAACGUCAUCUACUGGGCGGCCUACACCAUGUGA